AUGUUCCGCAAUGGAGCCUCCCGCCUUGCAUUGAGGUCGAUGGCAGCACCCAAGUCGCGUCCAGUAGCCACAAUCCCACGCACAGCGCCAUCGUCGCAAUGGCCCACGCCAUACGGAUCUAUGGCUUCGAGGAGACCGCAACCUGCGCACUUGAAACCUGUACAAGCUGCUUUGCUGCGCCGCGCCAUCUCAGAGAAGAUUCCAAACGAGCAAAAGGAAGCCGAGAAGAAGUACAGCCGGGAAGUGAUAAAACCUACGCCAGAAACUGUUUCCUCGACGUCAUCAACACACCCAAUGUUCUCUGAGGUGGCUACGGAGAACCCAGAUCGCGAAGUCGACAUGAUGGCCGGUGUGAAGCAUGACGUGGGAACCAUCAAAGCCACCUUCAGCCUCGCAGACGUCCCCCGAGAAGCAUAUUACAUGGGUCUUGCUGGUACAUUGCCUUACCUCGCGACCUCAUUCUCGACUGUCUACCUUGCCUGGGAACUCAACCACGCGACUGCCGGCUACGGAUUUCUCAUUUCAGAGGCCGACGCUAUAUACCUCUUGCACUUGCUCGAGCCUCUGCAAAUCGGUUAUGGGGCAUCAAUCCUGUCUUUCCUAGGUGCCAUACACUGGGGCCUCGAGUGGGCUGGCUACGGGGGCUACCAAAGCUACAAGCGGUACGCAAUCGGUGUCGUGGCGCCUGCUGUCGCCUGGUCGACGCUCCUGAUGCCUAUUGAGGGAGCGCUCAUCGGACAAUUCAUCGGCUUUGUCGCACUCUACUACGUCGAUACAAGAGCUGCGGUUCGCGGCUGGACACCUCCAUGGUACGGUGUGUACCGGUUCGUUUUGACGUUCAUCGUCGGCGCCAGUAUCAUCCUCAGUCUGAUCGGUCGCGGAGAGCUUCCGGAACACAUCCCUGGCUCGACAGAGCGCGGAAGGGCUCUGGAGGAGGAAGGUUCGUCUGCAGAGAAGCUUGCAAAGAGUGAAGAGGUUCGUGCGGAAAAGAAGAAGAAUGCCGCACGUCGUGAUGACCGUGGGACCGACUGA